CUGGGCUUUUUUUAUUUUUGAGUAGCUAGGCUAGGUACGGUAGCAGGCAGAUUCGCUUUAGAAGAAGAAGGCCCCCCGGUUGAGAAAUCUACGAUUCAGCUAUGUCACGUCACGUCACGUCAUGUUCAAUGUCCAUACAUCCUUCCAUCUUUCCGUCCUGGCUCAUCAGAUCAACCUCCUUUCUUUCAUUCCUAUAAUUCUCCUCUCCUUAUCCGUAUACCUACCUUACCUACCUACCUAUCAUCAUAUCAGAAGAAGGGCGAGACGACGAGAUAUAAAUCAAGAAAUCACGAACGAGAUUCAUUGUAAACUAAGAUAUGCUGCAAAUCCCAGAACUGGAAGGAGGGAGGAGUAUUAUUUGGGAGAGUAGAGAUGGGUUCCAGAUGUGGGGAAUGAAAUGUGCUCCCCUAGGGAUGGAGAUAAGACCAGGAUAGGAUCCUUGGGCGCGGGAAUGAGCAAGCAGGGUUGCUGAACGGGUGAGGAGUGGGCGAGAGG